UCACGCUCCAUCAUCCUACUUGCAUACUUACUAUAAUAACCCCACUUGUAUAGACCCCAUUUAGCCAACUCCAAUAAUUAAGGAAAAAUUACACACACAAAAAUUCUAUAAUAAACCAACUUGUUCACAUCCAUUCAAAUCACACCUCACCACUUGACUCUUUCCUUAAUUUUUUAUUUAAUUUAAUCUCAUCUAUCACUUAUAUUUAGCAACCUCUUUUCCUAUUUAUACUCCCUCUUAAUCUUUCUCACUUAACAAGCUUUAUCCAUUUUUACAUCUCAUUAGUUUGAUAUUGCGUUUUAGGUCCAGAAAAAUAUCAAUAAGAGAGAGUGUGAGAAAUACCGUUCAUUCCCAUUCCCAUUCCCAUUCCCAACACAUUCAUCCCUUCAUCCCUUCAUCCCUUGAUCCGUUCAUAAAACAAACUAGAGAGUUCUUUUAUACCAUCAAAACAACCCGAAUCGUUUAUGGCCACUCGUGUUAUCCCUCCAAGAAUCCUGAGGAAACUCCGUUACAACACCGCAACAAAACCGUUUCAACCUUCUCUCACCUCGCCCACUCUCUCUCCUCCCUGUAUUCUCGACCAAAAACCGCCGUCAACUACAACUCUCCUCCCUCCCGCCGUCGCGGAUCUCAACUUUCACGACGUUGAGAAGCUCUUCACGUGCGUCUCCACCGCGAACCUUCUCCGAUCAACCGCAGUUCUCCAUGCUACUGCUAUCGAACCGAUAGUUGAUGUAGGUACAUGGUUGAUGAGAUCUGAACUCAUGCAGACGGAUAAUCCUUUAAGAAACCUCGCUCUCGCCGCCACACGGUCGACGUUUUUUGAUCACUUUUGCGCCGGGGAAGAUGCUAUCACCGCUGGUCAGAGUAUCGGCGGUUUGAACAAAGCUGGUUUGCGUGGAAUGCUUGUUUACGGAGUUGAAGAUGCUCAUGAUAAUGAAGCUUGUGAUCGUAAUCUUCAAUGCUUUCUUCACACCGUUGAUGUUAGCAGAUCGCUUCCUCCAUCUUCGGUGAGCUUUGUGAUUGUGAAAAUUACUGCAAUAUGUCCAAUGAGUUUGCUGGAAAGAGUUAGUGAUUUGUUGAGAUGGCAGAAAAAGGAUCCAUCUUUCAAGUUACCAUGGAUGCAAGAUUCACUACCAAUUUUCUCUGAGUCAUCUCCUUUGUACCAUACAAGGAAGAGACCAGAGCCAUUGACUCAACAAGAAGAGAGUGAUCUUGAGCUUGCAAACCAGAGAUUCCUUGAGCUUUGUGAGAAGUGUGUGCAAGCCAAUAUCCCUUUGUUGGUUGAUGCUGAGCAUACAUCAGUUCAACCUGCUAUUGAUUACUUUACUUAUGCAGCUGCUAUUGUGCAUAACAAAGGUGAAAACCCAACUGUGUUUGGAACCAUUCAAACAUAUUUGAAAGAUGCUAAGGAAAGGUUGUUGUUGACAUCCAAGGCUGCUGAGAAAAUGGGUAUCCCAAUGGGGUUUAAAUUGGUGAGAGGUGCUUAUAUGUCUAGUGAAAGAAAAUUGGCUGCUGAUUUAGGGUUUGCUUCCCCAAUUCAUAACUCUAUUAUGGAUACACAUAAGUGUUUCAAUGAUUGUACUUCUUUUAUGCUUGAGAAGAUUGCUGAUGGCCCUGGUGGAGUUGUUCUUGCAACUCAUAACAUUGAAUCAGGAAAAUUGGCUGCUGCAAAAGCACAUGAAUUGGGGAUUGGAAAAGUGAACCACAAGAUGGAAUUUGCGCAACUAUAUGGAAUGUCAGAGGCACUUUCUUUUGGUUUGAGCAAUGCAGGGUUUCAGGUUAGCAAGUACAUGCCAUUUGGGCCUGUAGAGACUGUUAUGCCAUACCUCUUGAGAAGGGCUGAGGAGAAUAGAGGUGUGUUAGCUGCAUCAGGCUUUGACAGGAAACUUAUGAGGAAGGAGUUGGUUAGGAGACUAAGAGCAGCUGUGUAUUAAAUUUUGUGAGGAUGAGUUGAUGGGAUGUAAUAAAUGUAGGCAACAGGGUUCACCAAUCAUUGUAUAAAGUAGAGAAUCCUGUAAUUUGCUUGAGCUUUGUGCAUUCAAGUUGAUGAAAUGUGCAUAUUGUCUUAUGUAUUAUGUGUAUUCAUUUCAACUUUGUCUUGCUUGCACUUUGUGUUCUUUGAAAUAAAGUUAUUUUUGAAGUGUA